GAGAUCAGUUUACCAGCUUAUCCCUAUGUUAUGGUUUUUCUCAAGAAAUGGAAGUCAACCCAGAAAUUGGAUCUGAAAAGAGACCAAUCAAAAUGCCCCUGCCUUUAUAUGAUGCACAGGGAAUUGACCACAAAAGACAGAGAUAUCCUAAUUGUAUUGUGUGGACCCCAAUUCCCUGCUUGACAUGGCUAUUGCCAAUGAUUGGACACAUGGGGAUAGCAACUACAGCUGGGGUAAUUCGGGACUUUGCAGGACCAUAUUACGUGUCGGAGGAUGAAAUGGCUUUUGGGAGACCAACAAAGUACUGGCAGUUGGACAUAGAUAAAGUUGGUAAGAAAGGACAGAGUCAGAAAGACACGUGGGACCUGGCCGUAUAUGAUGCUUCAGAGGAAUAUAAAACAAGAAUGCAUAAUCUAUGUUGUGAUAAUUGUCACAGUCACUGUGCCAUGGCAUUGAAUAUCAUGGAAUAUGGUGGUAGCAAGUCCUGGAAUAUGGUUAAACUUUGUUUCUAUAUGCUUAUAUUUGGAAAAUAUGUCAGCGUUUGUGGCUUCAUCAAGACAUGGUUACCAUUCCUGAUAAUGGCUGGAGGAAUCAUUGCUCUUGCUGUUACGUUAUCGUGAAUAUUUCUGUUUGAUUGUUAGUAACCAUGGAAACAAACAUCCAACAAUAUCAUCAUCAUGUCAUACUGGCACCAUAGAACAAGGCAUAGUGAACAAGGAGUUGUUUCCUUGGAAGUGAACUUCUGAAUUAUGAGUAUUUCCAGUACUUUAACUUACCAGUUGUUUUCUUUGGAAAAAAUUUCAUACUUGCUCACAUAACUCUGAAGAAUUCAGCAAAUUAGUACAAUGUUGACAUCUGUGUGUAACAUAGUCUACAAAAACAGCUCACAAAUAUGCUUUAAGGGGGGAAAAUGUCAUUAAACCAAUACACAUUUUCUUUAAGUAACAAACAUUUUCAUCAAAUUUGUUGCUAAAAGCUAAAUGUCAUAAUUGUAAAUUAUUAUUGUAUAAUUGAUCAGUGAUGUACAUUAGAUAGAUUCAAACAUGUGUUUAAAACCAUUUCAGAAUAUUGACUAUAUAAUUAAAUAUAUGUAAUAUAGAAAGCUUACCUGUUAGGCCAGGAAAUUUUUUUAUUGUAACAAAUAUACUACAAAUCUACCUGUGUAUAGAUACUACCUGUAUGUAAAGACCAAACUGUCCAUGAGCGUUUCUAAACCAGAUUUUAUAAUUAUAAAAUCUUGAAUGUAAAGAUUAUUUUUGUAUAUACUUUUGUUAUAUAUAUUACUUUUAAUUUUCAGACCUUUUUAUAAUUUUUGAUCAUUGCCCACUUUGUAAGUAUGAGUAUUUGAUUCUUGGCUACUUCAUUAGGUGGCCUGUAAGCAGAAGGCCUAUAGUUUUAUGCUAUCCUUUUUUUAAAGAAAUUUAGUGAUUUUUAAUAAAGUUUAUUCUUGAAUGAAAACAUUUUUCUUCCAUCAAUUAAGCCUAUAUGAAAUGAUCUGUUCAUUAUUGUGUUUUUUUGUUAUGCCAAUAAUUAUACAGGUCAGGUGUUUUGUUAUGCUUCAUGUUUCUAUUUUUAGUUAUAUUUCUAUUUUUAGUUAUUGCUAUUUUCAUUCUUUAUUAUUAAUUUAUUUAAGUAAAUUUGAUAGUUUGAUUACUUUAUUCUUGUAUUUUGAUGCUUUGGGGUCUUAUGACUUCUUGUCAGCCCUUACCAUGCAAAAUUAUCUUAAAAGGACUUGUCCAUCUGUGCAGUAUUUCAGCCACAAAAUGGCCGCCUGUGUAGAAUCACCGAGUUUCAGUAAUUUUAGCUAGCUAAAAAGAAUUCAAAGUACUUGGUGGGAUUCAAAGGUGAGGGGAAAACCGUUUAAAGUUAACAACAUUAACCUCUUGGCUUGAAUCAUAUUUUGCAUGUAAUAAGCAUUGUUGAUCUGUAUGUAAAGAAAGGUAAAGCGAUACAAAAAUCUAGGAUAAAAUUAAAAACGGGGUGAUAAAAAAAUGAGGGGUCAAAUGUCCAGGGUGGGGGGGGUGUCCGAGGGGCAAAUGUCCAAGGGGGUUGCAGUUGUCCUGGGUGCAAAUGUCCGUUUAUCGCAGAUGUACUACUUUAUCUAUGCUUAAAAUCCAGAGAAUUAUAAAUCAUGAGUUAUAGUUAAGCAUUCAUUCCUUAGAUCUGUGAUAAAUUUGUGUUGUUCUGACAAACAUUACAUGCGUUAUAAAAGAAAUUAUAUUGAUGUAAAAUAUAUGUGUUGUUUAAUUCUUGUGUCUGACUUACUCAAAAUGUGUGUGUGUUUUUAUUAUCUUGCAGUGUAUACAUAAAAACAUUGUUAAUAAAAUAGUGAAAAUCUUUUAAAUAAAUAGUGAAAAUAA